GUGCAUUGGUUAUAUUGUUCAAAUACUAGAGUAUUACUUUAUUGAGCAAUAUAGUACUGUAGAUGAAAAUGAAAUGUUUAAAUAGGUAUAUACAGUAGUAAUAGACUGUGCAAUGGUAAUCAAUGUCGGCAAUGGCUGAUCACAGAAUCACCAAGCACAAAGUCGCAAUCAACACACGUGUGGUUUGAAAUAUAUUCUAUAUGUAUUGUCAAGCCAAAGUAACCCUUUAUACUGUUACCAACUUCCUGUGAUUGCUUUAAAGUGCUGCGUCCCUUGAUAUUAGUAACUAUAAAAUGUCUGGGUGGUUUUCAUUGCAGCUUUACUUGUUACAGAUUUAUCAAUAGAAUGCCAGGGAUUUUUCAAUGUCUUUUACUUGUGUUUCAAACGGCUGCUGCAGUUCAAGUUCAAUUACAUGCCCCAAGCUUAUCUGGUCGAUCAGGUACUAGGUUAUCAAAGCAGCCUUCUAAAUCAAAUGAAAGAGCGUAUAGUUGUUUUUCGAUCAUCAUCAAUGUUGGCGGAGUCGAUAUAAAAUCCAUGGUGGAUUCGACAAGUUCCGAUUCAGUCGUACCGUUUUCUAAUCUGAACAACUACAACGGACCCAAUAUAUCAUACACUCCAUUUGAAGAACCUUCUAUUGAGGGUUACAGUCGUGAUGUCAGUUGGAAGGGAUAUGGGUUUUCAACUGAUGUAUUUAUCCCAGAAACUGGCAUACCCGCCGUUGAUGCUCCAAUAGUAGGAAUUUUUAAACAGGCAACGGAGCCUGCUCUUCUUGAUGGUCAGGGUAGACAGGCAGUAUUUGGUUUAGCCUAUCCUUCCUUGGCCUAUUAUCACACAACGCCAGCAACUAUAAUGGAUGCUUGGUAUGAAGGCCGAUUCAUCCCCAAUAACGAGGUUGGUGUUGAGCUCUGCCCUUACAAAUUGUCCAAGAAAAGUCAUAUUGAUAUAGGAAGUACGGAGGUAGUUCCAAAAUGUGGGACAGACGGAAAUCCUAUUGCAUGGGUCGAGUCACCUACAAAUGACCGUUUCACCGUCAGUAUCAAGGAAAUACUGGUCAAUAGCAUGCCAGUAGAACUGCCCGAUGACUUUCAAAAAAAAAGGGAGGGUGAAUCGAUCUCGUAUUCAUACAUAGACACAUGUGCUACAAAAGUAGAAUUUCCUUAUGAAGUCGUAGAUAAGUUGAUUUCAGCUAUUGUCAAAAGCCAUGCAUUCGUUCCUAAGCUUGAUACUCCUAGUAUUUCAAAGUUUUUUUGGAGUGGGUAUCCCAUGACGAAAUCAGACUUUAUUAUCAUUUGGAGUCGACUUCCAACACUUUCAAUCGUAAUGAACGCCAAUAAUCCUGAAAAAGCAGAAGGCUCACAGUCCACUGUAAAAGUCACACUAGGACCCAGAGAUUAUAUGCAACAAGUUGGCGAGAAUGCGCACGCAUUUUCUGUAAGCGUUGGCUCAGACAAGCUUGUAGUUCUUGGUGUACCUUUCAUGACCCGACUUAGAGUCGUGUUGGAUCGAGCACAUAAACGCAUUGGGUUUGGUCCUGGAUGUGGAUGCGAAAGGUCAAAAGAUGGACAUCCUACUAUUCAAAACGAAUUCAACAAGAUCUGGCAUCCAAAGCAAAAAACCUCCAAAUGCAAACUCUCUCGCAGAGUAAAUGCUCUUUUUAGUAAACCCAAAUGA